GUAUUUAGCGUUUCAAAAGCAAAGUAUGAGCGAUAAUCAGACAUCAGCACCAAAGGAAUCCACAUUAAAUUGCGAGUGUCCACCACCACAGAUAGCACCAUCGGCAACAUCAAUUGCCGGUUGUCCAGCAAAUGUUGUGACCAUUCCCGUGCCCAUUUUGCAAACGGAGGGCACCUUUGCAUACGUCACCGUGAAGGGAUCACUGCAUGAUUAUACUUGCACCGUGUUUGGCCUAAAUCAAGCGGAGGUUCAGGCUCUGUCCCAACGGCUAUCGGUUAAGUCUUGCGUGAAUGGUGUUUUGGUUGCUGUACCGCCCAUGGUUAUGCUGAAUACCCUUGCCCAGCUUAGCUACAAAGUUGUUUGCAGUUGUGGCGAGGCCGAAAUCUGUUGGACAAUGCAGCGUGAGGUUUAGAGAAUUAUCAAUAUAAAAGCAUAGCGAAGCCAAUUCAUCAAUCACCAAACAAUCAAUU